UAAGAGCACGCCUCCCCGAGUCCACGACGCAGUGCUACUCUCUCUCCCUCUCCCUCUCCAACUCCCUCCCCUGCAGAAUUAAGCACAGCGAUCCUCCAUCGCUUCCCAUCUCUUGGGACUCUUCUCUUCUCGACUUUGUCAGUCUAUGCCCUCCUCUUCUCCCCCCGUCUCCUGCCACGUGUAUUGACUUCGUCUCAGCCUUCCUCUCCGUUUACUUGUCCUUGUCGACCGGUCGAUCCCCAAUGGCUCCCCCACCUUCACCCAGCUUGCCGUUGGGCGAGCGACUUCGAAUUCUGGCUCAGUCGCUGCAGUUUGCCUGGUUCGCUGGACAUCUAACUCUUCUCCUUUCCGUGACGCGCUAUUUCCUUUCCUAUGUCAGCUUCAGAUAUUACUCGACGACCGCACAAUUCGCCUACCGUCUCGCGUUCGUCGCAGCCGCGGCCACAUACGGAAUCGUGGUGUAUAAACAGUAUAUUGCACGAGGAAUCCCUCAGGGUGGCCCUCGUAUCAUCCUACCCCGGCUGGCUACCGAUGAAAAUGUUCAGUAUCUCGGGAUGGCCCUUGUGUGGCUCUACUCUCGCCAAAUCCCAUUGGCGCUUCUUCCAUUCACUGUGUACUCUGUCUUCCAUGUUGCGACUUACACUAGAUCGUACCUGAUUCCUACCUUCCAGCCUGCUGAGGACGAUGGGCCUAGCUCUCCUGGCCCGUCUGGUUCUCCUAAGCCUGUCGCUCCAAGGUCCCCGCUGGCUGAUUCUAUCGGUCGGUUUAUCAAGCAGUAUUACGAUACCAGCAUGGGUCUCGUCGCUAGCCUGGAAAUCCUGCUCGUGUUUCGUCUGGUGCUCUCCGCUCUGACCUUUUCCAAGGGAAGCUGGGUUCUUCUGUUGGCGUAUCUUUCUUUCUUCCGUGCAAGAUACUCUCAGAGUCAGUUCGUUCAGCAGGCCGUCCGCCACUUUACUGCUCGGAUUGAUACCCUUGUUGCCCAUCAGAGUACUCCCCCACCGGUGCGUCAGGGAUGGGAGACGUUCAAGAACCUUGUACGUCAGGCAUACCAAAGCUCUGAUGCGGCCCGUUAUCAGCCUAAGAAUGCUGCUAAAAAGCCCCAAUAAAUGGCAGUCGGCUGUCCUGGAAACGCCGGUCGAUAGGUUACGCAACUCUAGCGCAGCUACCGCUGCGCUCGUGAAAUACGGCUGUGGGGAAAGGACGAAGAGAAUAGUUAUAGACCCACGGCUUGACAUUAUGGUUUCGGAGUCUGGGAUUCCCAACUCAUCGCCUUUAAGGAGAAGGGGUCAUCUAUGCCCAAUGCUGCUCAAUGACUUGUUCUGUUUUAUUACUGUCUUAAAAUUCUCUGUUGUUGGUGCUUUCUUUUCUUUUCCUUUCCUUUUCUUUCGAAGGCGAGUUGUUUCAAUUGCCCUGUUACCCAUGUAUCAACCUCUGGUCACUGUGCAUCUCCUAGUCUGGUGCUAUAGCCGGAGAAGAAUUGGAAAGAUAAUGGAUUCUGGUGUUUUUCCGAGUGAUUCUGAACUCCCGAUGCUGCUCCUAAUGGACCCGAGGGAGAGCAGCGAUAGACAAAUGAAGUUAUCCGUAG